AUGCUCUUUUUUAUCGACUGCGAAGCUUCUGAUGCGGACAUUGGUGUGGUGAUUGGCGGGAAAAAGUACACUAUGACUGCAAAGAACUUGAUCUUUCCCCUAGAGGAAGAUCUAUGUGUACUAGCAUUUCAGUCAAGAUUGUUCCCUACAAUGGGACCGCAAUGGAUACUUGGUAGUCCAUUUCUUCGCGAGUACUGUAACAUACAUGAUUUUGGCAAAAAUCAAAUUGGUUUCGCUAAGGUGAAGUAA